AUGGCCGAGCUGCACGUCUUCGGUCAGAUAUUGGGCGCGUCUGAUUUUCCCUGCUCGAGCCUGUUUUGCAAGUGGAGCUUGAAAUUCGGGGAGAACUGGACUCUAUUAGAGGGCUCAAAGGAAGGCCAGACACAGGUGGACAGACACCGGUACGAAGACAACAGGGUCGUCUGGUGUCAUCCUCUGGACGUUCACUUCAGCACAAGAGGCAUCCAGGACUGGCCUAAACUCCUGGUGCAAGUGUGGCACCAAGACAACUUCGGUCGAAACGAGCUCGUCGGCUACGGUUCCUGUCACCUUCCGAGCACGCCGGGUUUCUCCAAGCUUGAGUGCCCGACGUGGCGUCCAGUCGGCACUCUCCUGGAAGAAGUGUCCAGGCACUUCCUGGGAGGCGGGCUCCACCUGAGGGACCCAGAGGAAGUCUGUGGUAGCGUGGGUGACCGUUUCAGACUGCGCACCGAGGCAAUGGGCACAGUUCACUUGGAACUCUACGUGAUUCACAGAGAUUUUGACAAGUAUGGCAUUGAGGCCUGA